UGGUGACAGACGGAAACUCGAACAACAGGCAACUGACCGCAGCAGCAAGCUGACUUGGCACGAAAGGAUGGCAUCAAGAUGUUAGCCAUUGGGGUCGGUCACGGCAUCAACGACGCCGAGCUGAAGGCUAUCGCCAGUGACCCAGAUAGUCAGUAUGUAUUCAGGGCAGAUAACUUCGACGCACUUUCGACUGUGAAGGCAUCGCUAUCAAGCAAGGCUUGCGAAGCAUCCCAGCCAUUGAACAACACUGCAACAAAUUGUCAUGCUGGUUCCAAAGCCGACAUAAUUUUCAAUCUUGACUCCUCCGGAAGCGUAGGAAAAGCCAACUUCGAUAAGAUGCUCGAGUUUGUCAAAGGCAUGGUGAAGAAUUUUGAUAUCGGCAGUAACAAAAUCCGUAGUAGGUUUAACUACGUUCAGCUCAAGGCCAUACAUAAUGUUUAACCUUGAUAAAUAUACAGACAAGGCUGCUUUGAUGUCUGCUAUCGACCAUAUACCUUACAAGUCUGGUGGCACCAACACAGGUGAUGCUCUCAAAGAAGUUUAUUCCAAGAUGUUUACAGCGUCAAACGGCGACCGUCCGGGCGUCCCGAACAUUGAAAUUGUGAUUACUGAUGGCCGCUCCAACAACCAUCCAGCGACAGUUAACGAAGCAACCGCAUCUAAGAAUCAUGGGAUCAACCUCUUCUCCGUUGGUGUUGGACGCGGUAUCAGUAAGUCGGAGCUGAAUGACAUCGCGAGUGACCCAGACAGUACGCAUGUCAUGACAGUUGAUGAUUUCAGCAAACUGCAACAAAUCCAAGGAGCGUUUGCGUCCCAGACGUGUCAAGUCAUACCACCGUCACCACAAACGAAUAUACCAACUGUUGGACCUCCAGUAAUCAAUGACCCCUGCCAAGACAAAUUGGCAAACUGUGCCACUUAUGAGAAGGGUUCUUGUACGGGUGUUUACGAACAGUGGGCUAGGACACAGUGCGCUAGGACAUGUCACUACUGUGUCACCGCCAUACCUACGAUACCUCCAGACUGUGUUGACCAUCUACCUAACUGUCGCGACUAUGAUGCCAAAGUGUGUCAAUCCUUCGGACCUUGGGCCCAUGACAAUUGUCGACAAUUCUGUGGCUUCUGUCAAUUCAAUGCUAAGGGAGUUGAUGGCUAUUAUGGCAAAUGCUACUAUAACGGGAAAUCUUACACACAAGGACAGACUUGGUCUGAUGGUUGUGCCUACGAUUGUACGUGUGAUGACGCGUCGAAGGGCAAAUACAGCUGUUACAACAAGUGUCCCUCCUACUACAACCUUCCACCUCAAUGCACCCUCACCCAAAAGGCUGGCGAGUGCUGUCUUCAGCCGGUAUGCAACUUUAAUCCCAACUACCAAACCACCAGCGGACAGAGUUUGGGGAAUUUAAACGGGAUCAGUACUUGCCACUAUAAGGGACACGACUACUUCCAGGCACAGACGUGGCAGGAUGGUUGUCAAUAUGACUGUCAAUGCACAGACGCUGGAGCUGGCAUGUACAGCUGUCAAUCUAGAUGCCCCGUUUACAAGAACUUGCCACCGGUAUGUCAUCUUCAACAACAGCCAGGGAAGUGUUGUCAGGAGCCUGUUUGUGACUUCAGCCAGCAAUUUGGAACGUUCAACGGCGUGGGAGCCAUUAGCGGCAAAGGAGUCGGAGUGACCCCGACCACGCCUCCCCCGUGUGUUGACAAAGCCACCAACUGUAACUUGUACCAGGCCAACAUGUGUACCAGUGCUGGUUACCAUGAAUGGGCCAAGGAGAACUGCGCCCUCUUCUGUAACUUCUGCUCCGAAUUUGCUCAGCCAUUGCCAACAGAGACGUGUAUUUACAAGGGUGUGGACUACGCCCAGGGCCAGACCUGGUAUGACGGCUGUGACUACGAAUGCAUGUGUGACAACGCCAAGUACGGAUUCUACAGGUGUAACAAACGUUGUCCCGACUUUGUGAACCUGCCACUCAACUGCCACCCAGUGACUGUUAAUGGAGAUUGCUGCCCCAAAAUCCAGUGUGAUGGUGGACAGGGUUCUUUCGUCGGUUCCUCCACAGUCUCCGGGGUAGCAGGUAGUUAUCCCAUACCCAACCUCCCUGCUGGUAGUACGGGUAAUACUGGCGGAAGUGGUAGUGUUAGUGGCGGAUCACCUUCCACUGGAUCAGGGGGAGCAGUGCCAAUCCCGGGUGGGCCCUCUACAGCUCCGAAUCCCAAUCCCAAUACAGGAGGUGCCGCCAUGAUCCCAUCAAGAGUAGAUGGCUGUUAUGUCAAAGGCCAACUUUACCAGCAGGGACUGCGAUGGACAGACGGUUGUCAGUGGACAUGUAAUUGUGAGGAUGGCACAACGGGACGCUACCGAUGCCAGCCCAAAUGUCCCGAGUUUAAGAACCUACCCACUCAAUGUGCACUACGAGAGGAUCCCAAAGAUCCCUGUUGUAAGGUACCUGUAUGUAGUGCUGGGGCCAAUGGACAACAGGUACACAUACCAGUUCCUAGUUACAAGCCUGGCUUCUCUGGUUACGGUACCGCCGCGCUUCCCCAGACCAUAGCAACUGGUGCCUACGGACCCGGCCCAACUAGUAACGGAACUGCAGGAGCAGGGAAACCUCCUUCCUCAUUCACUGGCAUUUCGCCCGGUCAUACUGUUGUUGGAACGACUGGAGGCGGAUGUAUUUACAAAGGAGUUGUUCAUCAGCAAGGGGACACAUGGGAAGACGGAUGUGACUUCCGGUGUGAAUGUUUGGAUGCCCAGCAAGGACAGUACCGAUGUAACGACAGAUGUCCGAGUAUGAUGAACCUGCCGCCACAGUGUACAAUGCUGCAAGACCCGGCUGAUCAUUGCUGUAAGACCUACCACUGCGACUUCUCACAAACUAUAACGACCCCGCCGCCAUUUUACGCCAGAACGACGCCACCUACAGGCGGAGAUUACUGCGUAUACAAGGGACAAUAUUACCACCAGGGAGAGCAAUGGGAUGAUGGUUGUAGCUACAAGUGUAGAUGUGAGGAUGCUAAGAACCACUAUCAUCAAUGUACAGAUAGAUGCGCUCGAUUUGACAAUGUACCCCUUGGAUGUACUUUUGUACCCGACCCUAAGGAUCCCACGUGUUGUCGAGUGCCACAAUGCUCAGCCUCGACAGGAGGAGUUACAGGAGGGCAGUCGAUGAACCCUACAGGAUUCGUGGGGUCCCUGACCGGAUAUGGAAAACCUCCCAACACCGGAAACAACCCCAAUAUAUCACAAACUGGAUACGCAAAUGCAUGUAUCUACAAGGGCCGGAUCCACCAGCAAGGAGAAACGUGGCAGGAUGGUUGUGAUUACGAUUGUGAAUGUACUGAUGCUGCAAAGGGCAUGUACAGGUGUACAGACCGAUGCCCACGAUUCGGACAGCUGCCGAGCAACUGCCGUGUGACAUCCGACCCGAACGAUAGAUGUUGCCAGAAGGCUGCAUGUACGCCGGUAGGCCCUGCGCAAUGUGGGGACAAAUUAGCACAAUGCGCAAACUAUGGGCGGUACGCAUGCCAGGACCCGUACACCGAAUGGGCGAAAGAAAACUGUAACAAAUACUGCGGAUUCUGUGGAAGUACAGGAGUGACCACAACCGUCUCCACAGCCUGUGUAGAUCGUAUCCCGAACUGUAAAGAUUUUGGACAACAGAGUUGUGGAGCACAGUACAUUGGAUGGGCCAAGUUUAACUGCCCAGUUACCUGCAACUAUUGUAAUACUGGCAGCGGAUCAGGAAUAGGUGGCACAGGAACCGGAAGUGUUGGUCCAGGAACAAGCGGGACAGGUGGUACGGGAACCGGAAGUGUUGGUCCAGGAACAGGUGGUACGGGAACCGGAAGUGUUGGUCCAGGAACAAGCGGGACAGGUGGCACGGGAACCGGAAGUGUUGGUCCAGGAACAGGUGGUACGGGAACCGGAAGUGUUGGUCCAGGAACAAGCGGGACAGGUGGCACAGGAACUGGGAACACUGGGCCAGGGACAAGUGGAACAGGAGGCACAGGAACCGGAAGUGUUGGUCCAGGAAUAAGCGGCACAGGAACUGGAAGUGGAAAUUGCAAGGACUCCCUUCCAAAUUGUAAAGAAUACACGUCUGCAGCGUGUGUUGACCCAUACACUAGCUGGGCAUUAUCUCACUGUCCCCACUUCUGUAACUUAUGUGAUCAACUCGCGGGAAGCGGAACACAAGGCGGUAGCUUCACUGGAACCGGAACCGGGCCGGGAGGUGUCGCUACCGGAACUCAAGGAGGAGGUUUUACCGGACAUGGAACUGCACCCGGAGGAACCGGACAGGGUGGUGUUGGAACCGGAACUCAAGGAGGAGGGUUUACCGGAACUGGAACUGCACCAGGGGGAACCGGCGCUGGAACCGGCGCUGGAACCGGCACUGGAACGCAGGGUGGAUUUGGCGGAUCCGGAUUUGUAACUGUCUCUCCGAAUCAAGGCUUUACUGGACAAAGCGGCGGCUGUUACUACAAGGGUCAGUUGUACAACACCGGACAAACAUGGCAGGACGCAUGCUUAUACAACUGCACAUGCACGGAUGGUAUUCGAGGACAGUAUUACUGCACGCAACUAUGCACACAGUGGAGUAAUAUUCCUCAAGGCUGUAUCCUACAGAAACCUCCUGGUGAGUGCUGCGCACGUCCGGUAUGCAAUGGCGGUACAGGAAGUGUUGCUGGCGGAACAGGAAGUGGUGCUGGCGGAACAGGAAGUGGAUCUCAGGGCUCUUUCACUGGAACUGGUGGCAGCGGUACUGGUGGCACCGGAAGUGGCAUUGGAGCUGGUGGCACUGGAACUGGAUCACAAGGCUCCUUUACCGGAACUGGUACUGGCUCUGGUACAAGUGGCCAGUUUGCAGGACAAUCUCGAGGGUGUUAUUUUAAGAACCAACUGUAUUCCCAAGGGCAGACAUUUGACGAUGGAUGUACGUACACAUGCACGUGUAUGGACGCCAGUCGUGGAUACUACACCUGCAAGAACAAGUGUGUCCAGUGGAAUCUCCCUGCCGCUUGUCAUCUAAACCCGCCAGCCCAGGGUAAAUGCUGCAAGACUCCUAGUUGUCCUCCCGGAUAUACCCUUAAUUACCCACCAGGGUACACAGAGCCAAGGAACGGAUGCGGAACAGUACCGGCUGAUAUCGUGUUUCUUCUGGAUUCGUCGGGAAGUGUAGGUUCAUCAAACUUUCAGAAGCAAAAGGACUUUGUUGCGAAAUUCGCCAACUCUUUUGACAUUGGACCAAGGAAUGUCCAAAUCGGCGUCACUACCUUCUCCUCGACGGUCCACAACCAGUUCAAUAUGAACAAGUACAGUUCAAAAGCGCCGCUGGUCCACGCCAUCAACGCGAUCCCGUAUAAUGCCGGAAGUACACAUACUGAUACCGCCAUUGAUUACAUCACAGGACACAGUUUCACUCCCGCGGCCGGAGACAGAGAUCACGUGGCCAAUAUUCUGAUCGUAAUGACUGACGGUCAGUCCAAUAACAAGCCCGCCACUUUAGCCGCCGCUACCAAGCUUCACGCUAAAAACAUCAAGGUUUUUGGAAUCGGUAUCGGUAAUGGUAUCGAUAGGGGAGAGCUCGAACACAUUGCCACGGACAACAAGCACGUUUUUACAGUAUCCAACUUUGAUGCCCUCACCACCUUACAGGCAGAACUCAAGAAAACUGCAUGUGAAAUUGACGGAGCCUGGAGCAGAUGGGGUUUCUGGAGUCCGUGUUCAAAUACCUGUGGAGGAGGCACCCAUUACAGAGAGAGAACCUGCUCAAACCCUCCCCCGGCCAAUGGCGGAAAGGCGUGUACCGGAGCAAACAGGGAAACUGGCACUUGUAACACGAAAGCUUGUCCAACCAUUCCUCCAACAACCACGACACCCAAGCCACGUACUACACACGCUCCUACCACCCCUAUCCCAGGAUGUGGUGUAGUACCAGCUGAUAUCGUUUUCAUCCUCGAUUCCUCUGGCAGUGUCGGAAAUGCUAACUUCCAGAAAAUGUUACAGUUUGUAAGAACAACCUCUCAAGGAUUUGACAUCAGCCCUAACGGAACUGAAGUGUCCGUCGUAACUUUCAGCGACAAGCCACAUUUGGAAUUUCAUCUCAACAAAUAUCACGAUAAGAACUCCGUUUUGAACGCCAUUUCGAACGUCCAUUAUAUAACCGGUGGUACUAACACGGCAGAUGCUAUCAAGUACGCCCGCGAGACCAGUUUCACAUCUGCAAAUGGUGCCAGGCCCAAUUCUGCAAAGAUCGCUAUUGUUAUCACCGACGGCAAGUCCAACAGCGCCGGGGCUACUGCCAACGAGGCAAGUCGUCUGCGUAACGACGGCGUCACUGUUUUCUCAAUAGGUGUUGGCGCAGGACCCAAAACAUCCGAGCUGAAUGCCAUGGCAACUGACCCUGACAAUCAGCACGUGUUUGUCGUUAACAAUUUUGAUGCUCUGACACAAAUCAAGAGUACUCUGCAGCAGAAGGCAUGUGAAGUGAAGGCAACACUUGCUCCCGCUCCACAAGCUCAAGCAGGAUGUGGUGCCAAGGCUGAUGUCGUGUUCCUUUUGGACUCCUCUGGUAGUGUAGGGUCAAGUAAUUUCAACAAGAUGUUACACUUUGUGCAGAAUGUUUCUGACACUUUCGCCAUCGGACCCAAUGAUGUCCAGGUUGGAGUGGACACCUUCUCAACUGGACACAAGACCGAAUUCAACAUGGGAGCACAUUUGACUAAACCAUCUCUGCUCUCGGCUAUCGGCAACAUCAAGUACCACAGCGGCUCUACUCACACCGGACAGGCCAUCAACUACAUGCAUACUACGAGUUUCACAUCAGCAGCAGGACAUCGUCCCAACGUACCUAAAAUUGGAAUUGUUGUUACCGAUGGCAACUCCAACAACCGCCAGUUGACAAUUGCGGAGGCUGCCGCGGCCCGAAAGGAUGGAAUCACAAUGUUUGCUCUUGGUGUUGGUCACGGCAUCAACUCAGCGGAACUUAACGCCAUCGCCAGCGACCCCGAUAGCCAGUAUGCAUUCAGGGCCGAUAACUUCGACGCUCUAUCAUCACUGAAGAAUCUUCUUUCAACCAAAGCAUGUGAAGUUUCAAAGCCACAUCCUAAUGCCACAGCCCCAAAAGGUACGUCUACAUUUUCAACACCAAUUGUGGUGCAGGUAGCUGAUAUUAUCUUUAAUUUGGAUUCAUCCGGAAGUGUUGGCAAAGCCAACUUCGACAAGAUGUUGGAAUUCGUAAAAGCAAUGGUGAAAAAUUUCAACAUCGCCAGUGACAAGAUUCGAGUAGGUCUUUCAAUUUUCUCAUCAAGGCAGUAUAAUAUCUUCAAUUUGAACCGCUACUCCGACAAAGCAUCCUUGUUGGCCGCUAUCAACAAAGUACCAUACAAAUCUGGAGGUACCAACACAGGAGCCGCACUUAAAGAAGUAUAUAGUAAGAUGUUCACCCAGCCUAACGGUGAUCGUCCUGGUGUCCCCAACAUAGAAAUCGUCAUCACAGAUGGUCGUUCCAACAACCACCCAGUCACCGUUAAAGAGGCUGCAAAUACCCAGCAACAUGGUAUCAGCGUCUUCGCCGUAGGUGUAGGACGCGGUAUUAGCAAAUCAGAGCUCAACGACAUCGCUUCCGAUCCAGAUAGUGCCCAUGUCAUGACUGUCACAGACUUCAGCAAACUAAGUCAGAUCCAGUCUGCUUUCCAGACAAAGGCCUGCGCAGAGAAGUUAUCCCACCAACGGCACCAGCUUUUAUCCCAUCAGCCAUGCCAACACCUGGCCCACAGAUUGACCCCUUGCCAGGACACACUGUCCAACUGUAAGACUUAUGGUCAGCGCUCUUGUGGAGGACAGUACACCCAGUGGGCCCAGACCAACUGCGCGCGUUACUGUGGCUUCUGUUCAACUGCCAUUCCAACCAUCCCACCAGAUUGUGUCGACCAUUUGGCAAACUGCAAGGAAUACGAUGCUUCUGUCUGCUCACAGUAUGGCCCAUGGGCUUCUGACAACUGUAGACAGUUCUGCGGAUUCUGUCAAUUCAACGCUAAAGGUGUCAAUGGAUAUUAUGGACGAUGUUCCUAUGGAGGUAAGACCUACGGCCAAGGAGAGAGCUGGUCUGAUGGAUGUGCUUAUGAUUGUACCUGUGACGACGCCUCUAAAGGCCAAUACAGCUGUUACAACAAGUGCCCCUCGUAUUACAACCUGCCACCUCAAUGUACACUCACCCAAAAGAGAGGACAGUGCUGUCUGGAACCUGUUUGUAAUUUCAACCCAGCUUAUCAAACAACUACUGGACAGACUGUCGGAAAUGUCAACGGAAUCAAUACAUGUAAGUACAAUGGACAUGACUACUAUCAAGGCCAGACAUGGAAUGUGGGAUGUGACCUCAAUUGCCAGUGUGUAGAUGCUGGAGCUGGAAUGUACAGCUGUCAAUCCAGAUGUCCUACUUACAAGGAUCUGCCAUCGAUAUGCCAUCUCCACAAGGAGCCAGGAAAGUGUUGCCAAGAACCUCAGUGCGACUACAAUCAACAGUUUGGUUCAUUCACAGGAACAGGAGCCAUUAGUGGACAAGGAGUUGGAGCUACACCCACAGCUGCCCCUCAAUGCGUUGAUGUGGCAACAAAUUGUGCUCUUUACCAAGCCAACAUGUGUACUGACCCUAACUAUCACGCAUGGGCCAAAUCGAACUGCGCCAAGUUCUGCAACUUCUGUAAUGAGCUCUCUCAACCAUCGCCAACUGAUCGUUGUAUCUAUAAGGGCGUAGCCUACCAACAGGCCCAGACCUGGUAUGAUGGCUGUAACUUCGAAUGUAUGUGUGAGAACGCCAAGUACGGCUACUACAGGUGUAACAAACGUUGCCCCGACUAUGUCAAUUUGCCUCUUGGCUGCCACAUGGUCAAGAAAGCUGGCGAGUGCUGUUCCAAAAUCCAAUGUGACGGCGGCCAGGGAAAUUUCAUUGGAUCUUCGACUGUUCCUAAUACAGUAGGCAGUUAUCCAGUGCCAAACAUGGCCCCGACCCCUGCUCCGAACCCUGGAUCCGGCGGUAGCGUUCCCGUCCCUGGAGGUGCCACACCCCUACCCGGUCAAACUCUGGCACCGAACCCUAAUGGUGGAGGAGGUACACCUGGAAUGGUCCCCAGUUUGAUCCCGAAACAAGUUGAUGGAUGCUAUGUUAACGGAACCCUCUACCAGCAGGGACUUAGGUGGCAGGACGGUUGUGACUUCACCUGUAUCUGUGAUGAUGGCAAGACAGGACGAUUCCGAUGCCAGCCAAAAUGUCCAGAGUUCAAGAAUCUUCCAGCUACUUGUACUAUGAUGGAGGAUCCUACCGAUCCCUGCUGUAAGGUACCUUCAUGUCCAGCUGGCUCCAACGUUCAGAUUCCAGUUCCUUCUUAUGGUCCAGGUUUCUCCGGUUACGGACAAGCCCAGCUACCACCACAAAUUGCCACAGGAGGGUACGGCCCUGGACCAUCAAGCAAUGGAACAUCUGGCCAGCCGUCCUCAUUCACCGGAAGUAACCCCGGACCUACUGUCGCCGGAAGUAGAAAUGGCUGUGUUUAUAAGGGCAUGGUCCAUCAACAAAGCCAAAGCUGGGACGACGGCUGUGACUUUAGAUGCACAUGCGUAGAUGCCACACAGGGACAAUAUAGAUGCGUUGAUAGAUGUCCAUCGUACCAAAACCUCCCCAGCUCGUGUCACAUGGAACAAGAUCCAAAGGAUCAAUGUUGCCAGAUCCCCGUAUGUAGUGGAGUCGCAGCCACCACACCCGCGCCAUUCUUUGCCCGAACAACGCCACCUACUGGAGGAGACUACUGUGUUUACAAGGGAUCAUAUUACCACCAGGGAGAGGAGUGGAAUGACGGAUGCAGCUACAAGUGUAGAUGUGAGGAUGCUAGGAACCACUAUCAUCAGUGUACUGAUAGGUGUGGACGUUUCGACAACGUUCCACUAGGCUGUACUUACCAGCCAGAUCCAAAAGACCCACAAUGUUGUCGUGUACCAGUGUGCAACAUCGCCGGUACCCAGGGUGGAGUUUCUGGAGGAUCAGGAGCCGUCCCAACAGGAUUUACUGGAUCCUUUACCGGUUACGGGAAACCACAAGGCAGCAACCCUAACGGCACAGUGACCGGAUAUACACGUGCCUGUAUCUACAAGGGCCAGAUCCAUCAGCAAGGAGAUACAUGGCAUGAUGGAUGUAACUACGAUUGUGAAUGUACUGAUGCUGCAAAGGGCAAGUACAGGUGUACAGACAGGUGUCCACGAUAUGGAUCACUGCCCAGUACCUGCCAUUUGACCAAUGAUCCCAAUGACCGAUGCUGCCAGAAGGUUGAAUGUGCGCCAACCGCUUCCACACAAUGCAAAGACAAUAGAGCUGACUGCGCCUCGUUUGGACAAUACUCAUGCCACGCCCCCUACGCCGACUGGGCUAGAGAUAACUGUGCUGACUAUUGCGGAUUCUGCGGUGGCGGUACCCCUGCACCUAGUGUAGCAGCGGUAUGUGUGGACAGGAUUCCAAACUGUCAGGAUUAUGGUCAGAAUACCUGUACUGGUCAGUACACUGGAUGGGCCACAUAUAACUGUCCGAAAUUCUGCGGUCUCUGUGGAGGAGCAACUCCAGUUCCAGGCAUUGUCCCAACCCCGGGAGCAGGAUCAGGAAGUUGCUCCGAUGUUUUGCCAAACUGCGCGGAAUAUACACACGACUCUUGCGUUGAUCCAUACCUUAACUGGGCUAAGACCAACUGUGCUAACUUCUGUGGCCUCUGUGAUCAAUUGGGUACCGGAACUGGCACUAAUCCCGGAGGAAUGAGCGGAACCGGCACAUUGGCUCCAGGAGGCAUCGGGACUGGCACUAAUCCAGGAGGAAUGAGCGGAACCGGCACAUUGGCUCCAGGAGGCAUCGGGACUGGCACUAAUCCAGGAGGAAUGAGCGGAACCGGCACAUUGGCCCCAGGAGGCACUGGUACUGGCACUAACCCAGGAGGAAUGAGUGGAACUGGAACAAUGGCUCCAGGAGCCCCCGGCACUGGCACACAGGGUGGAUUUAGCGGAAGUGGAACAAUGGCUCCAGGAGCCCCCGGCACUGGCACACAGGGUGGGUUUAGCGGAAGUGGAACAAUGGCUCCAGGAGGCACCGGAACUGGCACACAAGGUGGAUUUAGUGGUAGUGGAACAAUGGCUCCAGGAGGCACCGGAACUGGCUCUCAGGGUGGAUUUAGCGGAACUGGUACAAUGGCUCCUGGUGGAGUAGCAACAGGAACACAAGGUGGUGGUUUCACUGGAACCGGUGUUAAUCCAGGAGGCAGUGCUUCCGGAACUCAAGGAGGAUUCAAUGGCCAGGGAUACGUAACCGUUUUACCCGGACAGGCUUUCACAGGAAGUAAUGCUGGAUGUUACUACAAGGGACAGCUUUACCAGACUGGACAAAACUGGCAGGAUGGCUGUGAUUACAACUGCACAUGCGCAGAUGGCAUCCGUGGAUACUAUGUCUGUAACCAGCUAUGUACUCAAUGGACCAAUCUGCCAGCAGGUUGCAUACUUCAAAAGCCACAGGGAGAGUGUUGUUCUACUCCAAAAUGUUCCGGAAGUGGAUCGACUUUCGGAAACGGUACAACAAAUACUGGUUCAAGUAGCGGAUGUUACUACAAGGGUCAAAUGUACACCCAGGGUCAAAACUUCGAUGACGGAUGUACAUACAAAUGUACAUGCACGAAUGCCGCUACAGGAUAUUACACGUGCAAGAACAAGUGUGUCCAGUGGAAUCUGCCAGCUGCUUGCCACUUGAAUCCCCCAGCUCAGGGAAAAUGCUGUCAGACCCCAAGCUGCCCACAGGGCUAUGUCCUCAAUUACCCGCCGGGAUAUAUCGAGGAAUAAACAAGUGCACCCAGUCUAUAUUAAUUAUAAUAUUGUUUCAUACUAUUGUUUUAUAAAUGCUUUGAAAAUAAAGGAUAUAUUUCAAUAA